CGCGAAGGGAUCUACAAACAUGGCCGAUGAAGUGUUGCAUACUGAGGAUAAUCAUUGCCAGCCGAUUCUUGUCAAUGGUGAAUUAAUGCCUACAGUGCCAGAGUACAUGCCCUCGCUUCCCAUCACAUUGAAGGGUAUUAAACGACAUUUCGUUUGCAAGUUAGCUGCAUCAACUACUACACAAGACACCACAACGAUGUCCACGACGGAAUCCGCCACAUCACAUCCUACGACAACUACUGCAUCAACUACUACACAAGACACCACAACGAUGUCCACGACGGAAUCCGCCACAUCACAUCCUACGACAACUACUGCAUCAACUACUACACAAGACACCACAACGAUGUCCACAACGGAAUCCGCCACGUCACAUCCUACGACAACUACUGCAUCAACUACUACACAAGACACCACAACGAUGUCAACGACGGAAUCCGCCACGUCACAUCCUACGACAACUACUGCAUCAACUACUACACAAGACACCACAACGAUGUCCACAACGGAAUCCGCUACGUCACAUCCUACGACAACUACUGAUGAUUUCCGCAACUUAAUAAUCUGUGAAAAUGAAAGUGAAGAUAUUACAUGCUCACCGGGAGAGGUCAUCAGCAUCCUGUCCGCGAUCUACGGACGCACUGAUCCGGUCGCCUGCCCUCACGAACGUCCAGGCAUAAUGGAAAAUACCGCCUGUUUCCUGGACGUCGCCGCGGACAUUUGCCAACCCUCGGGUUCAGCAUGCAACUUCCAUGUUGGAAGUGCUAAAUUCGGAGACCCCUGUGGUGGGACAUACAAGUAUCUCAACUUCACCUACACGUGUAUCCAGGGUAACUGA